CUCGGCCUUGAACUUGGAAGGGCGCAAGGCUGAGGCGGAGCUGCGGCCACUGCAAGAGGGAGCGAGCCUGCGGCUUAGGAAGGGGCUUUCCUCGGGGCCAAAAUGCCCAAGAAGAAGCCGGGGCCCAUUCAGUUGAACCCGACCCCGGAUGGUUCCACGAUUAACGGGACCAGCUCGGCCGAGACUAACCUCGAGGCGCUGCAGAAGAAGCUGGAGGAAUUAGAACUUGAUGAACAGCAACGCAAGCGAUUGGAGGCUUUUCUCACCCAGAAACAGAAAGUGGGUGAGCUGAAGGAUGAUGACUUUGAGAAGAUCAGUGAACUGGGAGCUGGGAAUGGUGGUGUCGUGUUUAAAGUUUCCCACAAACCCUCCGGCCUAAUCAUGGCGAGGAAGCUAAUUCACCUGGAGAUCAAGCCAGCAAUUCGGAACCAGAUUAUACGGGAGCUGCAAGUCCUGCACGAGUGCAACUCUCCAUAUAUUGUAGGGUUUUAUGGGGCCUUUUACAGCGAUGGGGAGAUCAGUAUCUGCAUGGAGCACAUGGAUGGAGGAUCUUUGGACCAGGUUCUUAAGAAGGCUGGAAGAAUUCCUGAGCAGAUAUUGGGGAAAGUUAGCAUUGCUGUAAUAAAGGGUCUUACAUAUCUGAGGGAGAAGCAUAAAAUAAUGCACAGAGAUGUCAAGCCGUCCAACAUCUUGGUGAACUCACGCGGGGAAAUCAAACUUUGUGACUUUGGCGUCAGUGGGCAGCUGAUUGAUUCCAUGGCUAACUCUUUUGUGGGCACAAGGUCCUAUAUGUCGCCAGAAAGACUCCAAGGAACUCACUACUCAGUACAGUCGGACAUCUGGAGCAUGGGGCUUUCUUUGGUGGAGAUGGCAAUUGGACGAUAUCCCAUUCCACCACCAGAUUCCAAGGAGCUAGAACUGAUGUUUGGCUGUCCAAUGGAGGGAGAUGCUCCUGAGACGUCACCAAGGCCAAGAACUCCUGGGAGGCCUUUGAGCUCUUAUGGAAUGGAUAGUCGACCACCUAUGGCUAUUUUUGAGCUGCUGGAUUACAUAGUCAAUGAGCCUCCUCCAAAAUUGCCCAGUGGAGUCUUUAGUUUGGAAUUUCAAGAUUUUGUGAAUAAAUGCCUAAUAAAAAACCCAGCAGAGAGAGCUGAUUUGAAGCAACUUAUGGUUCAUGCUUUUAUCAAGAGGUCUGAUGCCGAGGAAGUUGAUUUUGCAGGCUGGCUCUGCUCCACCAUAGGCCUUAACCAGCCUAGCACACCAACUCAUGCUGCUGGCGUCUAAAGUGUUUCUUUGGGAGGCUGGAGAAAGGCAGCUCCCUUACCCCAUUGUGCAAAAUGAUGCUACCUUAGGUCCUAUUUCUCAUGCUUGUCUCUGUUCAGAUGUGCAUUUUACCCUGUGAAGAAGGAUGAAGAACAUAGCAUGUGCCAAAUUCUGUUUGUUUUGUUUGUUUUUUAAUAAUGAUUACUCUCUUGGAA